AGUCGUUUACUAAAGUUUUACUGCACGAGUGAACUGUGAUUGAAGAGAUUUCUAUAACAAAUAUUGUUCCUUUAACUGUACAAGUCUUUUGAAAAGUGAAAUCAUGUGUUCAACGGAAGCUGAUACUGCAACUGAUAGCAUAAUAAUUAGUAAUGAUGUGGGAGAUGCUUUCGGAUAUUCCAGAAACAGCGUCAGUCCCCUCAUGGGCCCUUUACAAACGGCACCCACAGAACGUUAUGCCACACAUUAUAACAUGAAUCAUUCAAAACGUGGAUUUGCUAUUAUUUUUAAUCACGAAUUUUUCACUAUUUCACAUCUGAAACCAAGAUCUGGAACAAAUGUGGAUUGUGAUAAUCUUGUCAAUACAUUGAGAAGUCUUGGUUUCGAAGUAAAUGAUUUUCAUAAUUCAACACAUAAAGAUAUAGUGAGAAAUUUAGAAAGAGUUGCCAGUAUGGAUCACUCUCAACAUGACUGCCUGAUUGUAGCUGUAUUAAGCCAUGGAGAGUUAGGAUUACUUUAUGCUCAUGAUACUUCGUACAAACCAGACUCUAUCUGGGGUCAUUUUAUGGCUGAUAAAUGUCCAACACUUGCUGGAAAACCAAAGUUAUUUUUCAUACAAGCUUGCCAAGGAGAUAGAUUAGAUGCUGGUAUAACAUUGAAAGACCGGACAGAAACUGAUGGUCAGCCAGCUUCUUCAUUCCGUAUACCAUCUCAUGCAGAUUUUUUAAUUGCUUAUUCAACAAUACCAGGUUUUUAUUCGUGGAGAAAUACCACUCGCGGUUCAUGGUUCAUGCAAGCACUAUGCUUGGAAUUACGUGAAAACGGUACACGAUAUGACCUGUUGACUUUACUCACGUUUGUUUGUCAACGAGUUGCUAUCGACUUUGAGUCCAAUACUCCCGAUAACAUAACAAUGCAUCAACAGAAACAAAUACCAUGCAUUACAUCAAUGUUAACUCGCUUGGUAAAAUUCACGUCUCCGAAAAAUGGAAUGGUAUAG